AACUUGGAGUUUCCCUUAUCAAAUUCUUUUCUUGAGGCAUACAAUUAAACUACACGUCAUAAUUGAGAGAGAAAUUGAAACAAAAUAGUAGAGUAACCUUGAUAAGCAAAUAAAUUAAUCCAAGCAGGUAUAAUCCAUCGAUUUUCCACCAUUAAUAUUCAGAGACGGAACUCCCAAGAUUGCUGCUAAAGCUUUUUCUCAUGGCGAUUUGCAAACUCCAAAUCAUCAUCUUUCUCUGCCUUUGUUUGUCUGCUCCUUCUAUUUUAGCCAAGUCCGUUAAAAAAUGCGAUAAGAAAGCUAACUAUGCUGUGGAAGUCAAAGGAGUUGAAUUUAACCCUGAUCCAGUUGUGCCUGGCAAGGAAGCCGUCUUCAGUAUUUCUGCCUCUUCUGCGGGAGUUAUCUCUGAAGGGGAGGUGAUGAUCGACGUUUCAUACUUUGGGUUACAUGUGCACAGUGAGACUAUUGAUCUGUGCCAAGAAACAUCCUGUCCUAUACCAGCAGGCGACUUUGUACUCUCUCACAAACAAACUUUGCCAAUAUUCACUCCCCCAGGCUCAUAUACUCUCAAGUUGAGGAUUAGGGACAGCAGCGAUCAAUUGCUUACUUGCGGUAGCUUUGGUUUCAAAAUCGGCUUUGGAGGAUCUGCUUUUUGAUAGCUGAUCGCUUUCUGCAAAAUUACACUUAGUGAAUUCCUAGCUUUUCUGAUGAAUUUCUGAUGGUACGAUGUAUGAGUUUUGACUCUCAUAUAUGGUUUGUUUUAAUAAAUAAUGGUACUAGCAACAAACUUCUGUGAAAAUCAUGACUAUUGUGUGCUAGCUGUUUAUUAUUGUCGAUAAAGUUCAUUUUAUGAAAGUAUCAAGCUGCUGUCAAUCUAAAGCUUGUCCAACUUAGACAUGGUAUCUACGGAUUAUCUUGAUAAUUUAUC